AUGAUGCAGUGUGACCCAUCCUCUGCUUUCUUUGGGUUUAUGGGGGUGACGUCGGCGUUAGUGUUCGCCAACCUUGGAGCAGCCUACGGCACGGCAAAGUCAGGUGUUGGCAUCGCCUCGAUGGGAGUCAUGCGCCCGGACAUGAUCAUGAAGUCUAUCAUUCCGGUUGUCAUGGCAGGUGUCCUGGGCAUUUACGGGCUCAUCACAGCAGUGAUCAUCAAUGGCAAGAUGGAUGCUGCAAACUAUUCGGCCUACUCUGGCUAUGCGCAUCUUGGUGCAGGCCUCACUGUGGGCAUGAGCUCCCUCGCAGCAGGACUUGCCAUUGGCAUCGUCGGAGAUGCCGGUGUGCGAGCGAAUGCCCAGCAGCCCCGGCUCUUCGUCGGCAUGAUCCUCAUCCUUAUCUUCGCAGAGGCCCUGGGGCUUUAUGGCCUGAUUGUUGGCCUGGUGGUUGCCUCCACGGCAGAGGGCAAAGGCAAGGGCCUUUGCAGCCCGUACGCCUAG